UGUGCUGUGUCCCUCGGACACAGCGGAUCACCGGUCAAUGGAAAAAGCCAAAGAUGUCGGCUCGGUCAUGUGAUCAGAUGAGUCCAAUCACAGCUGAUUGCAUAGGAGAGCCAGUAAUUGGCAUCCCUCAGAGGGGACAUGUGUACUGAUCAUCAGGGCACUGAUGAUCAGUGUCCACUGAUGAUCAGUGUAGCCUCAGCAGUGCCACCUGUCAGUGUCCAUCAAUGCCAGCUGUCAGUGCUCAUCCAUGCCAUCUGCCAGUGCCCAUCAGUGCCUCAUCAAUACCACAUAUCAGUGCCUACCAGUGCACAUCAAUGCCACAUAUCAGUGCCCAUCUGAGCUGCCUUUCAGUGCCACCUAUCAGUGCCAGUCAGUGCCACCUAUAAAUGCCAAUCUGUGCCACCUAUCAGUGCCAGUCAGUGCCGCCUGUCAGUGCCACCUAUCCGUGCCCAUCAGUGCUGCCUAUCAGUGCCGCCUAACAGUGCCAGUCAGUGCAACCUAACAGUGCCAGUCAGUGCUGCCUAUCAAUGCCACCUAUCAGUG